CAACGUUAAGUCUGUGAACUAGGACAUUUUGCACACUCAAACAGUGGAUGCUUGGCUAGCGGAUUGAAUUGGCCGUUUCUCACUAACGUUAUAAGGAAGUGAUUCAUUCCCGGGAAAUAUMUUUAAGUGUAAUUUCUAUUCUGAAUUAAAUAGGUAUUGCAUGGGGUAACAACCUUGGCAUUUCUAUUCCGCGCGUGGGACAUUGUAUUAGCUUUCGAGAUAGCAAGAGAUAUGUGAAGGCCUCCCCSUUUUUGUCUAGCUACCUAAUAAGUAUCAGCGUUACAAUUUAAAUAACUACAUCAGUGUUAAUUUUGCUCGAGUUUUGUUUUGUUGAAAGUAACUAGCUAGCUACAUCGCUGAACUUGGCUAAAUAACGUUAGCUAACGAGCAAAAUUAAUAGCUAACGGUAGCUAAACAAAAUAGUACGCGCUAGUCUCGCUGUUGGUGCCGAACGCUUGUGCUAUGGGCUUGCUGUCACAAGGGUCACCGCUCAACUGGGAAGAAACCAAAAAGUAUGCAGACCAUGUCAGGAAGCAUGGCAUCGUUCAGUUUCUCAACAUCUAUAACAAGGUGAAAGAACGACAGAAGGAUGUAUUGUUAUGGGGUGAUGAGGUGGAAUACAUGUUGAUUGAAAUGGAUGAGAAAAAUGAAAAGGUUCGUCUUGUUCUCAAUGGUGGGGAGGUUUUGGAAACCCUUCAAGACAAAGGUGAAAAGACAAACCCCAACCAUCCUACCCUUUGGAGGCCAGAGUAUGGCAGCUACAUGAUCGAAGGGACUCCGGGGCAGCCAUACGGUGGGACGAUGUCAGAGUUCAACACAGUGGAGGACAACAUGGGAAAGAGGAGGCGAGAGGCCUCAUCUGUGCUGAAUAAGAAUGAAACCCUUGCCACCAUCACAUCAUUCCCAAGGUUAGGUUGUCCAGGCUUCACACAGCCAGAGUACAACCCAACACCUGUUGAAAAAGGAGUGUCCAAAUCACUGUUUUUCCCAGAUGAAGCCAUAAACGGACACCCAAGAUUCAGCACCCUGACCAGAAACAUUCGUCACAGAAGAGGAGAGAAGGUAGUGAUCAACGUACCCAUCUUUAAAGACAAGUGCACUCCAUCUCCAUUUGUGGAGAAGUUUCCGGAGGAUGAUGGGGAGGCCGCCAGAGCAGCGCUCCCUGAUCACAUCUACAUGGAUGCCAUGGGCUUCGGAAUGGGCAACUGCUGUCUUCAGGUGACAUUCCAAGCUUGCAGCAUUGAAGAGGCGAGGUACCUUUAUGACCAACUAGCAACAUUCUGCCCCAUAGUGAUGGCCCUCAGUGCUGCUUCGCCGUUUUACAGAGGCUAUGUGUCAGACAUUGAUUGUCGCUGGGGAGUUAUUUCUGCCUCGGUGGAUGACAGGACUGGGGAAGAGAGAGGGCUGAAGCCUUUGAAAAGCAACAAAUUUCGAAUCUUGAAAUCAAGAUAUGAUUCAAUCGACAGCUACCUCUCCAGUUGUGGCGAUAAGUACAAUGACAUAGAUCUGACAAUAGACGAGGAGAUCAACAAACAGUUGCUGGAUGCAGGGAUCGACAAACUGCUGGCCCAACACAUAGCCCAUCUUUUCAUCCGGGAUCCGCUGUCACUCUUUGAGGAGAAAAUUCACCUGGAUGAUGAAAACGAGUCGGAUCACUUUGAGAAUCUGCAGUCAACCAACUGGCAGACAAUGAGGUUCAAACCUCCUCCUCCAAACUCGGACAUCGGAUGGCGAGUUGAGUUCCGCCCCAUGGAGGUGCAACUUACCGAUUUUGAAAACUCUGCUUACGUUGUUUUCAUCGUCCUGCUCACCAGGGUUAUCUUGUCCUAUAAACUGGACUUUCUCAUCCCCUUGUCAAAGGUUGACGAAAACAUGAAAGUGGCCCAGGAAAGAAAUGCAGUCCAAGAGGGCAUGUUUUACUUCCGGAAGGACAUCUAUAAAGGCUGUAACCCUGUCCUCGAUAGCUCCUCAGUGGCCCAGAACGGCUUGGACAGUGAGGGUGACAAUGAGUACAUACUGAUGAGCAUUGACACAAUCAUCAAUGGAAAGGAAGGAGUUUUUCAAGGGCUGAUACCAAUCCUUAACUGCUACCUGGAAAACAUGGAGGUGGACGUCGAUACAAGAUGCACCAUCCUGAACUACCUGAAGCUCAUCAAGAGACGCGCCUCAGGUGAACUGAUGACCAUGGCAAAGUGGAUGAGGGAGUUUGUCGACAAGCACACUCAAUACAAGCAAGACAGCGUAAUAACUGACAAAAUAAACUACGACUUACUCCGCAAGUGUGACAGUAUCUCAAAAGGRGAGGAGCGAUGCCCAGAACUUAUUGGAGACCCAGUCAAUCGGGGCAAAUAAACCAAUUGUCACAGCUGUAAUCAAUGAAUUAAUGUGUUGUCCAUCAUCAAUGAUGCACGUGAAAAGAGAGCCUGAAURUCUGGCUGAACAAAGAAGUGGUCCAAACUACACUAAACAAAAAUAUAAACGCAACAUGUAAAGUGUUGGUUUCAUGAGCUGAAAUAAAAAAUCCCACAAAUGUUCCGUACGCACAAAAACGUAUUAAUCUCAACUUUUGUGCACAAAUUUGUUUACAUCCAUGUUAGUGGGCAUUUCUCCUUUGCCACGAUAAUCCAUCUACCUGACAGGUGUGGCGUAUCAAUAAGUUGAUUAAACAGCAUGAUCAGUACACAGGUGUACCUUGUGCUGUGGACGAAAAGAGCACUGUAAAAUGUGCCGUCAAGUUUUGAGUGUCCACCAGAGCUGUUGCCAGAGAAUUGAAUGUUAAUUUCUCUACCGUAAGUCUGUCGUUUAAGAGAAUUUGGCAGUAAGUCCAACCGGCCUCAGCUGUAGACCAUUUGUAACCACGCCAGCCCAGGACCUCCGCAUCCAGCUUCUUUGACUGAGAGCAGCCCCCCAGACAGCUGAUGAAACUGGGUUUGCACAACUGAUUAAUUUCUGCAAAUAAACUCAGAAACCGUCUCAGGGAAACUAAUCUGCGUGCUCGUCACCCUCACCAGGGUCUUGAACUGACUGCAGUUCGGCGUCGUAACCAAUUUCAGCAGGCACAUGCUCACCUUCAAUAGCCACUGGCACGCUGGAGAAGUGUGCUCUUCACGGAUGAGUACCGUUUUCAACUGUACCGUGCAGACUGUAUAUGGCAUCGUGUGUGCGAGCGGUUUGCUGAUGUCCACGUUGUGAACAGAGUGCCAUGGUGGCGGUGGGSUUAUGGUAUGUGCAGGCAUA